AUGAUCCCGUUGCUGCACAUUGCCCUGCUAGUCCUGUUCGUCAUUCUCAUCUAUGCGAUCAUCGGGCUGGAGCUGUUCUGUGGCAAGCUGCACUCGACGUGUGUGGAUCCAGCAACAGGACAACUAGCACAAAAAGAUCCAACGCCUUGUGGUACGGAUGGUUCAGCGUUUCAAUGUAUACCUUCGGACGCUUUGACCGGUAUGGGUGUCCAAUGGGAAUGCUCCUCAAACACCUCGUGGCCUGGACCGAACAACGGGAUCACUAACUUCGACAACUUCGGCUUGGCUAUGCUCACAGUCUUUCAGUGUGUAUCGUUGGAAGGUUGGACAGACGUGAUGUACUGGGUAAAUUUUCUUUACUACCAUUGGCUUGUCAACCGUGACCGCAUUGUUUAUUACAUGAAAACGUCAGCUAUAUUCGACAUUUCUUUCAUAAGCAUCACGAAAAUUGUUAAGAUCCGGGCUUUCUAUAGGAGAUCCAUUGCCCUUGGA